AUUUUUCGAAUUUUCAGAAAAAUGCCUGGCGGUGACUACAAUGCUGUGAAGGGUGGCGGAUUGAAGCUGAAAGCUGGUAAAAAGAAUUUAUUCAAAGUUGGAAAGGAUAAAAAGAAGAGGAACAAGGACGAAGGCGAGAAAGUCGAUCCGGACACUGUGGAAAACGGUGGAUGGCGUAAAAUUGCAGAGUACGAUAUGAAAGGAGGAAUCAAUGUGGCUAUCGAGGUGGCGAGUGGAGAAAAGGGGUUUACAAGAACCUAUAUCGCAGCCAUGGACAAUGGAAAAUUUACCAUAGGAUUUCCACAUCCAGAAGGCGAGGGACCGAAUCCUGAGGAGAUUUUCGCGCUGGUUAAGACCCCCGACGACUCGAAAAUCAGUUUGAAGACUGGAUUCGGCAGAUAUGUGGGCGUAGACUCAGAAUUCCAGCUUGUCGCCUUCUCAGAAGCUAUUGGAGUGCGAGAACAGUUUUUGCUCGUUUUCCAAGACGGAAAAACCGCCUUCCAAGCCGUCGCCUCGCCACUUUUCCUGUCUACCGUUGCUAGCAAAGAGGGAAAUGUCCACGUGGCAAGCAGAACUGCCACUGAGAAUGAGAUGGUUAAUAUCCGCACCGACGCCGUCAAAGAAGGACCAGUGGAUUGGCGAUCAGCUGAGGACCGAAAGAAUGCGAGGGACUGCGAAACAGCCUACGUGAAAAUGUACCAACACUCAAAAGUGGACCUUAAAAAUCGCCAUAUCGCAAUUGAUGUCAAAGAUCGGAAGGGUGUGAAGAAGGCGCAAGCGGAGGGAAGUGCACACGAGCUCCUACUGGAUCGCCGCAUGAAAAUGAAGUCGGAUCGAUAUUGUUGA